AAACUGUUAAAAGAGUCGCAAAUAAUAACAGAAGAAGUGCUGCCCCUCUCACAACAACUUGCUAGGCUCUCACUCUCAUAAAAUUGCGGCGAAAAUGCCUUGGAAUGCAGCUAAUAACGGCCCUUAUGGGCGUGGUGGUAAGCGCCUGGUGCGUCACGAUACAGACUCCACAGCCGAGGAGAUUCGCACGCGUUCAGGGCUACCGGUACUAGAUAGUCAGGUGCUUAGAUUUUCGUACUUAGCCUAGUACUGAUUCAGAAUAAGACUGAUCAUAAAGCGUGGGGGUAGCCCAGUAGGAUCCUCAUGGUUCACCGCUCUGAAAUCCUAAGACUCUCGCAGCAAAGUCUUAAGCUGUUAUUUAAGUCAAACAUCAAAAAAAAAUCUCUCAUCAACUUAUUUCAACCCCUCUAAAAUUAUCCCCCGACUUUCUAAAUCUCACAAUUUCCAGAAUACGGCCAGCAUGAUCGCAAACACGAAAACCCUAUGCCGUGACCAGGGAAAUGUGAAGACCCGUAUCAGGGCUCGGGUGGAGAAGCUGGCUGAGAUGGAUAUGGAU